AUGGCCGUCGCCCAGAGAGCAGCUGAGCUGCUAUCCUCUUUCCCCGAGACUUCCGUCUACCGAUGGUCAUGCGAUGACACCUCGCGUCGCUUCGCCGUAGAAAACCCAGCAACGGGAAAGACCAUCACAACCAUCCAAGCCGGCAACGUGGAAACGACCAAUGCCGCCAUCGAGGCAUCCCAGGCAGCUUUUGUCAACUGGAAAUCACGCGCACCGCAAGACCGAUGUAGCUUCCUCCUGCGCGCAUCCGACGAGGUUCAGAAGAAUGCCCAGGAGCUGGCCCUCCUGCUGUGCCUCGAGAACGGAAAGCCAUUCAAAGAUGCGAUUAUCGACGUUUUCUUCUUGAUUCAAGUCUUCAAAUAUUUUGGGUCAAUUGCCGAUAAAUUGCCGUCGGAAUUUUUCGAUCAGGGCAAUGUCUACUCCACCAUCAUCUACGAGCCGCUGGGUGUAUGCGCUGGCAUCAUUCCGUUCAAUUGGCCUCCCAUCCACGUUGGUGGAAAGCUGGCACCAUGUUUGGCCGCGGGAAAUACGAUGAUUCUGAAGCCAGGUGAACAAGCUCCUCUGACUGCCAUUCGCAUCGUGGAAAUCUUGCAGACCAUUUUCCCACCGGACGUGGUUCAAGUCGUCCCAGGAUUGGGACCAGACGUACCCCAGGCCUUGGUCAACCACCCGCUCGUGAAGAUGGUUUCCUUCACAGGUUCUUCACCUGUUGGAGCAAAAGUCGCAUCGGCUGCGGGGUCAUCUCUGACGGCCACUGCGCUCGAGUUGGGUGGCAAGAACGCCUUUGUUGUGUUUGAUGACGCGAAUCUCGAUACAGUGGUACGUGACGCUGUUGAGGGCGCAUAUUUCAACAAGGGUGAGGCCUGCACAGCCUCUUCCCGCAUUCUUGUUCACCGGAGCCUCUACCAGCCCUUCGUCGACAAGAUGACUGCCGCCGUAUCGAAACUGCAAGCGGGAAAUGGUCUUGACGACGCAACCCACGUUGGUCCAGUGGUCUCACAAGAGCGAAAGCAGCAGAUUUUGGCCGCCAUUGAUCUUGCUAAAAGCCAGGGAGCCCGUCUGGCUGCUCAAGGCAUCGUUUCCACUGACGCUGAAAUCGCCGAUGGCUUCUUCGUUCCGCCUACUCUAUUCGCAGACGUGACGCCCGAGAUGGCCGUCGCCGUAGAGGAGAUUUUUGGCCCGGUCGCAUGUGUCAGUGCGUUUGAUACCGAAGACGAGGCCGUAGAGAUUGUCAAUGCCUCCCGGUAUGGUCUCUUCGCGGGUGUUUACUCGACAGAGUUUAGUCGUGCUAUGCGGGUCGCUCGACGCGUGGAAGCUGGUGUGGUCUUGGUCAACAACUACUUCCGUGGUGUUCUGGGGACACCAUUUGGAGGCGUGAAAGAUAGUGGACAUGGCCGAGAGCACUGGAUUGGAACGCUACGGGAAUGGAGCCAGAUUAAGAACAUCCGCUAUCCAAGUGGCUUAGGGGCCCCGUUGCCCCAGUGGAGGGCCAUUCCCGAGAUUUUCCAGUAG